AUACCCACAAACCAAACCUCUCAAUCUCGCUAUCUCCCUUUCAAUCUAAAGCUAUUUCAAUCUCGCUAUCUCCCUUUCAAUCUAAAGCUAUUUCCACACAAAUACUCUAAUUCUCCCUCUCAAUCUCGCAAAUACUCUCAUUCUCCCUCUCAAUCUCGCGAUCUGCUUCAUUCUCCGUCUCCGUCUCCGUCUCGCUCUCGGUCUCCCUCUCACAAGAUAUGGACCCACAUGGAGCUAUACAGACUUUGUGCACGAGGCAGGAUAAGCAUCGUUCAAGUUUGCUUUUGGAUGCUCAUUUGGAAGGCGAGGAAGUGCCAGGUGUAUUGACUUGUCGUCACCGAGACAAAGGUCUGCUUGAAGGAGGGGUAGAUGGGUUAGAUCCACGAAUUCUCGCUUAUAUCACUGAUGCGGGGUUAGAUGGGCUGCUUCGGGUCCCACAUAUGGACAUUGACCACGCAUUGAUCACAGCGUUGGUGGAGAGAUGGCGGCCGGAGACGCACUCAUUUCACUUGCCCCACGGUGAGAUGACCAUCACACUACAAGAUAUGGAGGUUAUAAUGGGGGUACCUGUAGAUGGCUUGCCGUUGGUGGAAUCUAUACCCUCGACAGGCAGUUGGCGUGACGUCUGCAGAAGAUUGCUAGGGCGUAUACCGCCAAAUAGAGAACUUAGAAACAACAGAAAGAACACUGGAGUGCUGGAAGGGGCGAGCAUAAAAGCCAAAUGGCUUGAGGAUUAGUUUCACGACCCUCUCCCGGUUGACGCCCCUGAGGCGCUUGUGCAGAAGUAUGCUCGUUUUUACAUAUUGGAGUUGUUAGGUGGUAUGCUAUUUAUGGAUAAGUCUGGAGAACGGAUCUCAGUUAGGUAUUUGCAAUAUUUCGAUCCAAUCAGCAACGGAAAGAAGUAUAGUUGGGGUAGUGCAGCACUAAGUUGGCUCUAUAGACACCUCUGUAAGGCAUCAGAGAAGACAGCCAAGCAGAUUGGGGGUGCACUACUAUUGGUGCAGUUGUGGGCGUGGGCGAGGUUUCCCCACAUAUGUCCUGUGAUGAGGCAUCCACACCAGGCACUGCCUCCAGGUCCACUUGCUGUCAGAUGGAAAGGGGCUAAGAUAACAACUGAACAUUCGAUGCACGUCCUACGUGCCUAUCGUGUGUCACUUACUUCACUGCGGCCAAAUCAGAUUGUUUGGGAGCCGUACAGAAAUUAUUUGCGUUCUCAACCCGCAUAUUGUACGGCAGGCCAACGUAUAUGGAGGUCUAUUGUGCCGCUGAUACAUUUUUGGGUGGUUGAAGGCCAUCAUCCCGAACAUGUUCUCCGACAGUUUGGGAUGAAGCAAGGCAUACCAGGAAAUGUUGAUACUUCAAUUGAACUGCACAAGAUCACCCUCCAGGGCAAGCACGAAAAAGAUUGGGCCCGAAUACAUGCCCCGCAUAUUGCUAAAUGGGCUGUGCACGCCAGAAUUGCCGAUGCACCGGCCUUUCACGGGGAGAUGAACUACAAUGACGAGUAUUUGGUUUGGUUUCGUCCCCGCACUAUUCGCCAUAUUACAAAAGAGACUUCGUACUGGGACACUUUGGUUGAAUCACAGUUGCACAUUAUAACGAAGUGCGAACCAGGGUCUGAGAUCUACACCGACUGUAUUAAUGCCUUGCAAGCUGUUGAAGAGAUCGGUCGGUUAUCCUUGGACCAUGCACGUAACGUGGGCAACACAAGUGAACCAGCUGUACGACGUGGUCGGCAAGCAAGUGGACGUCAAGGGCGUGGAGGAUGUCAAUCUAGCCAGCGUCAUACAUCUAGUCGGCCUCCCACAUCUGGUCAGCGUCACACACCCGUGCCCACAUCUAGUUGACGUCCCACAUCUGCUCAGCGUCCUACAUCUGGUUCGCGUCACACACCCGUGCCCACAUCUAGUCGGCGUCACACACCCGUGCCCACAUCUACUCGGCGCCACACACCCGUGCAUGACCACACCAUGGAGGAAGCAAGUCAGACAACAGAUGAGAUGUGGGACGACAUUGCUUAUGACGUAGGCUCCAUGGCACACGAUGAUGCGGGUCCAUCCCAUAUGUUUGCCCAUAGAGACACAUUUGGGUCCCCAUCCAUGAGGAGCGAUGGUACUUGCCCACCCACACCCCCUAGUACAUCUCUGUUGCCCACCACCCGUACGUCUCCCCCACUGACUGCCG